AUGGUACUAUACAUUGGCACUCAAAAUGGAAAAAGGUUGCCGGCCGGCAACGUCAGGAGCAUAACGGAAGGCCAGCAGCAGCGGGAGGAGGAGAUUAUAUGUAUAUCACCCCAACUGACUGGUUCUUCUGAUGUUGUUCACACAGGAGACCAUGUUGAGACAUUCUCUAUAUCCGGAGAGCAACAGCAGGAAGAUCACAGAGAUAAGAGGUCUCACCACUGCCCACAUUGUGAGGAGAUUUUCCCAAUUCUAUCAAAACUAGAAAUACACUUAAAAAUACACACAGGAGAUAAUCUGUAUUCCUGCACGGACUGUGGGAAGAGUUUCACAACAUCACAGGCUCUGACAGUUCAUCUGCGAGUCCACACUGGAGAAAAACCUUACUCCUGCUCUAUCUGUAGGGAGAGUUUCUCUCAACAGAGCAGCUUAAAAACACACCAACGUGUACACACAGGAGAGAAGCCUUACUCGUGCUCUGACUGUGGGAAGAGUUUCUCCAUAUCAAGCAACUUAAAAACACACCUAAAAAUACACGCCGGGGAGAAGCCUUACUUCUGCUCUGACUGUGGGGCGAGUUUCUCUCAACAGAGCCACUUACAAACCCACCAACAUAUACAUACAGGAGAGAAGCAUUACUUAUGCUCUGACUGCGGAAAAUGCUUCAUAACAUCAGCUGAGUUAAGAGUUCAUCAGAGAACACACACAGGAGAGAAGCCUUACUGCUGCUCUGACUGUGGGAAGAGUUUCUCUCAACAGAGCAACUUAAAAUGUCACCAGCGAAUACACACAGGAGAGAAGCCUUACUCCUGCUCUGACUGUGGGAAGAGUUUCACCCAUUUGGAUAUAUUAAAAUGUCACCAGCGAAUACACACAGGAGAGAAGCCUUACUCCUGCUCUGUCUGUGGGAAGAGUUUCUCCCAACAGGGCAACUUCAAAACACACCAACGUAUGCAUAAAGGAGAGAAGCCCUACUCCUGUUCUGACUGUGGAAAAUGCUUCACAACAUCAAGUGAGCUAAAAUCUCAUCAGAGAACACACACAGGAGAGAAGCCUUACUACUGCUCUGACUGUGGGAAGAGUUUCUCCCGAUUGGCUACUUUAAAAACACAUCAAUGUAUACUUAAAGGAGAAAAGUCUCAUCACUUCUCUCAGACCAGCUAAGAUUAAAGUCACUCCAUCAAUUAAUCCUCAUCUCAUAAAAUAAGUGGUAACAGUGAAUUGGAUCUAUUGAAGAAAGCGUAGAACACUCUAUUGUAAUCCUAUUGUUUCUCACUGUGAGAGAACUGUGCAGAGGAAAGGGAGCGUUAUAGAAUGAUGACAUUGGAAAUCAUCUUUUUCCAUCUUUUUUGACUUCAAAACAUAGAAACGCACCAUUUUCACAUGUGUUGAUGUUGGGGUGGUGCUGGAGAUGAUGAAUAUGAAGUUGAAACAUUUUAAAAUGUCCCUUUUAAGGCAAAAACAAUAGGAUGGUGGUUGGUCGGGUGGAUGGAUGUGUCAGCAUAUAACAUGAAAGUCUAGCAACCCAACGGUUGCGUGUUCAAAUCUCAUCACGGACAACUUUAGCAUUUUAGCUAAUAAGCAACUUUGCAACUACACUACAUGAC